GGGCGGGGUGCUGUCACUCUUAAAGGGGCCGCCGCAAUCGCAGGCGGGCGCCCAGCGCCGGGGCCGGGGCGGUCGUAUGAGCCGUGCACGGCGGGUGCUGUGCCGGGCCUGCCUCGCGCUGGCCGCGGUCCUGGCUGUGUUGCUGCUACUGCCGCUGCCGCUGCCCCUGCCUCGCGCGCCCGCACCGGACCCCGAUCGGGUCCCGACCCGGAGCCUGACCCUCGAGGUCUUACGCCUGCAACCCGACGACGUCUUCAUUGCAGUCAAGACCACUCGGAAGAACCACGGCCCGCGCCUGCGGCUGCUGCUGCGUACCUGGAUCUCACGAGCCUCACGGCAGACGUUCAUUUUCACCGAUGGAGACGACCCUGAGCUCCAGCUGCUGGCAGGGGGCCGCAUGAUCAACACCAACUGCUCUGCUGUGCGCACCCGCCAAGCCCUGUGCUGUAAAAUGUCAGUGGAAUAUGAUAAGUUCAUAGAAUCUGGACGAAAAUGGUUCUGCCACGUGGAUGAUGACAACUAUGUGAACCCCAAAAGCCUGCUGCGCCUGCUUUCCGCCUUCUCUUCCAACCAGGACAUCUACUUGGGUCGACCUAGUUUGGACCACCCCAUCGAAGCCACAGAGAGGGUCCAGGGCGGCGGCACCUCAAACACGGUGAAAUUCUGGUUUGCUACUGGUGGGGCCGGGUUCUGCCUGAGCAGGGGCCUUGCCCUCAAAAUGAGCCCAUGGGCCAGCCUCGGCAGCUUCAUGAGCACCGCAGAGCGCGUUCGGCUGCCUGACGACUGCACUGUGGGCUACAUCGUGGAAGGGCUUCUGGGUGUCCGUCUGCUGCAUAGCCCCCUGUUCCACUCCCACCUGGAGAGCCUGCAGAGGCUGCCUUCCAGUGCUGUCUUGCAGCAGGUCACCUUGAGCUACGGGGGGCCUGAGAACCCACAUAACGUGGUGAAUGUGGCUGGAGGUUUCAGCAUACAGCAGGACCCCACCCGGUUUCAGUCUGUGCACUGCCUCCUCUACCCAGACACCCACUGGUGUCCUGUGAAGAAUGGGGUCGAGGAAGCUUUUCAGUAACUGGGGCCCCUGGUGGCUGCUCUACCUGGCUCCCUCGGGCCUUAGAUUCAGGCAGUCAGCAGAUGCUGAAGCUACCUGAAGGCCUCCCACGACCCCAGUCCCAGUUGGACACCAGGUACCUCAGGAAAAUGCGACAGCGGGUCUGUGCAUGCUGAGAUCGUCCAGGAAAAGAGAAGGGCAACGCUGCUGGGCCAGCCAUGCCUCUAGCCCGGCCCAAAGGUCCUGCCUAUGGAUAAGGGCUACUACCCCAGCUUCCGUGUGACUGUGGCCAGGAGAGAACUGGUUCCCAGCCGCCCGCAGCAUGGCUUGUCCUCACCCGCAGAAGACGGUGCCAGGCAGGCUGGUCAUUAAGGGGUGGGCUUCGGGCCUGGCCACCGGCUCAAAGAGCCACCACUAAAGUCAGUCUCCACUAUGUGCAGACCUUGUGGCCAGCUUCAAGACCGUGUUCCCACGCAGGGCUCCGUUGGGCUCCUCAGGAGCAAGCUGCAGGCCCAUCAUCUUUUAGAGGGGUGCCUUGUGGAGACGCGGUUACAGUGUUGAGUAAAGGCUUCUUUGUCA